AUGUCCCUUACAGUCCGGACUGAGGAGCUGUGUUCCAUCAGGGGGGAGCUGACCCAGAUCAAAGCCCAGGUGGACAGCCUGCUGGAGCAUCUGGAGCGCAUGGACCAGCAGGGGGACCAGCCUGCAGUUCAGCCUCUGCCAGGUGGAGGCCCAGGGAUCAAGGACAGUGAGACCAGGGACUCUGGGGCUGAGGGGUCCUCAGGCACAGCCACUGAAUCCCACCAGGAGUCCAGGAGCAAAGAGAAGGCAGAGCCCAGGACCCAGAGAGCCCUUCCAGAGGAGGACAGCUUGGAGGAGGGCAGAGACAUGAAGCUGGCAGUGAAGAGUCAUGCUUCGGACUGGGAGGGCAGCCAGUAGAAGGAUGGAAUCUUUCCCAAGUGGCUCCCUUCCUUGCCUCCAUGUUUCUCUGGAAACCUACCAGUGGCUCCCAUGCAACCUGAGAUACCUGUUCUGAAACUAGGGCAACAGAACAGAGGAAUGGCUUGGCCAAACCAGUCAGGAAGUCUCCCAUAGCAGUGGAUGUAGCUUUGUAUGUCGUUUCCAAUAUGACCGUGCUGGGGCUGGCAGGGCCAGGGGAGGGAGGAGGCCUGGGACUGCCCAGCGAGCACCACCAGCCCUCUCUGCAUGCAGAUACUGCUUCUGCUGCUCUUAUCCCCCCUCCACCCCCCCACAAUGUCCCACCAGUGCCUGGACCCAGUGAUCCUGUCUGGGUGUGGAGUAUUGUGCAGCCACCAGACCCAGGCAGCUCUCUCCAGCCAUGCUGGUGCACAGGAAAUCUAAGUGUGUCCCUGCAGUCCUCUCCUAGUCUGAAACUGAGCUGUUAGGUCCUAGGUGUGUGCCUCACAGAACCCCUUUUGGUUUCAGACUCCCCAUCCACACAACACAGCUAUCCUUCAGAAUAGAUGCAUCGUUUUUACACCCUUUCUCUCUUGUCUCUUGCUGAUGUGAUACUAUGUAUUUCAAAACUGUUCUGGCAAAAUGUAUUAUGUCAGAAGUAACAAUAAAAUUUCUUU